UUACAAAUUCCCACUGCAAAAAUAUAUCCAGCUAUAUUUAAUACUUGAUUUACUGUGGUCAGAAAGCCUUCAAAAACUUAUUUAGAGUCCGGCGCUCAAGAUGUCGAAGCGAGGACGUGGUGGGUCCUCCGGUGCGAAAUUCCGGAUUUCCCUGGGUCUUCCGGUUGGAGCCAUGAUCAACUGUCCUGACAACACAGGAGCCAAAAAUCUGUAUAUCAUCUCUGUGGACGGGAUCAAGGGACGACUGAAUAGACUUCCUGCUGCUGGUAUAGGUGACAUGGCCACCAUCAAGAAAGGCAAAGCAGAACUCAGAAAGACGGUACAUCCAGCAGUGGUAAUUCGACAAGGAAAGUCACACCGGAGAAAAGAUGGUGUGUUUCUUUAUUUUGAAGAUAACGCAGGGGUCAUAGUAAACAAUAAAGGCGAGAUGAAAGGUUCUGCCAUCACAGGACCAGUUGCAAAGGAAGGUGCAGACUUGUGGCCCAGGACUGCAUCCAAUGCUGGCAGCAUUGCAUGCUUCUUCGGUGUAUUUGUAAACGAAAAAAAUAAUAGAAAUGACUUGCUCCAUGUCACUCUUCUUGACACCACCUAACCCUCAGCCCCUCUGUAAAAUAAAACUAUCCAGUGCAAAAAAACAAAAAACUUAUUUAGAAAUGCAUCUACUCCUAAGCCACAUAUUUUCCCUGUGAGGUAAGCUUAGCAACAUUUGCACUAAAUCCCAUGUUCUUAAACUUUUCUGUCU